ACUUAAGAACAAUUGCUUCAAAUCUUGAAACUUUCUAAAACGAUGGAGCUUAUUCCUGAUCUUCCCGAAACUGUAGCCUACGAGUGUCUCCUACGCGCCUCCUACCAGCAAUUUCCUCUUAUGGCCUCUGUUUGCAAACUCUGGCAGCGAGAAAUCAGACUCUCUGAUUUUUUUCGACACCGGAAAGCUUCAGGACAUAGUCAAGAGCUUGUUGUCUUGUCCCAAGCUCGGGUCGACCCGGUUAAAGAACUCGGAUCGGGUAAUAAAACCAUCCCCACGCCCGUGUACCGAAUCUCGGUUCUUGAACUUGGUACCGGUCUAAGGAGCGAGCUGCCUCCGGUUCCAGGUCAAUCCAACGGGUUGCCUCUGUUCUGUAGAUUAGCCUCUGUCGGGUCGGAUCUUGUUGUAUUGGGCGGGCUUGACCCGGUUACAUGGCGUACCUCUGAUUCGGUCUUCGUUUUCAGCUUCUUGACCUCCACGUGGCGCGUCGGGAAUAGCAUGCCAGGUGGACCACGUUCCUUCUUCGCCUGCGCUUCGGAUUCUCAACGGAACGUCUUCGUGGCGGGAGGACACGACGAAGACAAGAACGCGAUGAUGUCAGCUCUGAUGUACGACGUGGCAGAAGACAAAUGGGCUUUUUUGCCGGAUAUGGGCCGCGAGCGAGACGAAUGCACAGCUAUUUUCCACGCUGGCAAAUUCCACGUCAUCGGUGGUUACGCCACGGAGGAACAAGGGCAAUUUAGUAAAACCGCUGAAUCGUUCGACGUCACCACGUGGCGGUGGAGUUCACAAGCCGACGAGUUUCUCUCCUCGGAGAUGAUUACAUGGCCUCCGAUUUGUGCUGCCGGUGAAAACGUAGAUUUAUAUGCUUGUUGUCGCCAUGAUCUGAUGGUGAUGAGAGAUGACACGUGGCAUAAAAUUGGGAAUCUGCCUGCUGACGUGUGCAAUGUGUCUUAUGUGGCGGUAAGGAGGUCUGGGAAGCUGGUCGUGAUCGGUUCGGCUCGGUACGGUGAACCAAUUGUAGGGUAUAAUUGGGAUAUGAGCAAUUCUCGAUGGGUGAAACUGGAAACACAUGAGAAAUAUGAAGGCCACGUUCAAGCUGGUUGCUUCUUGGAGAUAUAAAAAACUUUAGAAAAGAUUCCGAAACUUUUGUACGUCGUUCAUGCGAAUUGACGCUAAAUUUGGUCGGUUGGUUUUUCCAAGUGUGACUGUAUAAAUAUUCUAUUGUUAU